AAGUGUUUUGAUUCAUUCGGUUUUCGUAAUGGUAGAUUGGUCACAAGUUAAGCACGUUUCUCAGAAUGUUACGAUCAAAGCGAAAAUAUAGUCUAGUUGACCGUCUUAUAGCACGGCAUCUUAUGGGGCAUGAAAUUAAUGAUAAUCUUUUUUCUGAUUGGUGUGGUAAAUCCUAUUCGCUGUACAGACGAGAUUUGUUGGCUCAUUAUGGUUGCGUUAACGCAGUCGAGUUUUCUGAAGACGGAACCAUCUUCGCAUCUGGUAGUGAUGACAGGAGGGUGUUGCUGUGGUCUAUUUCAGAAACUUUGGACAAUCAUUCAAAAACCAAACCAAUAGCAAUGGAAGCUGAACAUGGAUCAAAUGUGUUUUGCUUAGCUAUCAGCGUGGAUAAUGAAAGGAUAUUUUCGGGUGGAAAUGAUUUACAAACCAUUAUACAUGACACUAAAUCAUCAAAACCUGUUGAUUAUUUUUUGCAUGAAAAUCCAGUUUAUGGCAUAUCAUUACAGCCAAAUAGUCAAAGUGUAUUUGCCACAGCAUGUGAUGAUGGGAAAUUAAGAGUAUUCGAUAUGCGAUGCAGCGUAUCAGCAGAGAUCGUGCUUGCCUCUAAAAAAUCGCCUUUUCACUCCAUCAUGUUCCACCCAAUCGAAGGAAGGAUUGUCGCCAGCGCAAGCGCAAAAGACGGACCAGAAUUGUGGGAUCUACGUAAUCCAUUAAUGUGCCUUCGUCGAUAUCCGAACGAGAAAGGAGCAAUGAGUGCCCGAUUCAAUUCAUUAGGUGAUAGACUACUUUGCCUCCGUAGACGAGAACCGCCAAAAAUAUAUCAUCUUUACCGAGAUGAAGAUAUUCAACUGCGUGCCGAAGGCUACAACAACGCCUGUACGAUGAAGAGCUGUUGUUUCGCCGGCGAUCGAGAUGAAUUUGCCAUUUCGGGUUCGGAUGACCACAACAUCUACAUCUGGAGAAUUCCUGUAACCGGAGAGGAUGACCCUGACCGCAUCGUUCAUAAUGCUCAUAUGGUGUUGAAAGGACAUCGUUCGGUAGUCAACCACGUCCGCUAUAAUUCGGUCACGUGUUCUUUAGCUUCGUGUGGAGUCGAAAAAAUGAUUAAGAUUUGGUCUCCAUUUUCUUUCCCCGGAUCCUCAGGAGGCCUCGAUCGGUUGGCUGCGGAUGAGAUAAAACCGAGGAAAAGGUUGAGCCGAUUAUCUCGGGAUUGCAAUAUGAUUAUUGCUCCAAGUCCAAAUUUCAGAACAACGGACGAAGAUAAAAAGAUGUUGGCCUUUUUCGACCUAUUAGUGGAUCGUUCCUCUUGGAUCAGUUCAGGUGAAGAUGAAACAAGUGAUUCACCUGAAGAUGACGACAUAGACGAUGAUGAUGAUCAGGAGUACAGCACUUCACAUUCAACUUCACCAGCAAGCUCAGAAAAUGAGGAAUCAUUUGAAAUAAACUCACUGUCAACGCCAUCGACUUCUUCGAGUGAUGACGAGGAGCCUGUCGCCGGACCUAGUGGAAUAAGAGUCAAUAGCCGCAGUGAAAGUGAAUCAUCCAAAUUAGAAUUACCACCAGAGUUUAAUGUUCGCCGACGUGUGCCCUUAAGACUUUCUGGACUAACAUCGUCUUCAGACAAUGAUGAAACAUAUUCGCCAGCCGAGGAGAGGAAUCAAAAUCCAGUUGUGUUCCGGUCGUUGUCCAACUCGAGAAAUAGACAAUUUCGUCGAAGAAUUAGCAGCUCGAGUUCGUCUUCUUCUUGAAAAAAAUAAUUGAUGGAAAAACUAAGAAAGUGUUUCAAAGUUUCCAUUUCAUUGUGCGUCUUUUCCAAUUGUUUGGCGGUGCGAUUGUGAUGCAAUUGUGAUUGCCAUUGUUGAAUACAAGUGUUCAUGUUUUGCAA